CUGCUUACCUCGACCAUUGCCUGAUCUACACAGAGCUUGGGCACCAGAGCUCUUCUUACACUGCCAAUCUCUACAUCAUCUCGUAAACAGAGUAUACAAUUUUGGAUACAAUUUCUUUUUCUCCAUGGGGUCUCAGGUCCAAGAAGAGCUGACAGUGCUCGUCACUGGAUUUCAGCCUUUCCGGUCAGAAUAUCCGAUCAACCCGUCAUGGGAAAUCGCGAGAGCCCUCCCAGAAUACCUCCCUCCACUAAGGGCCAAGGACCCAAACUCUCGAAAUGCCGUCGACAUUCCGCCUGUGCGCAUUCUGGUGCACCCCGACCCCAUCCGAGUCAACUACAAGGUGGUGAGGGAACUUGUGCCAACGCUGUGGGAGGAGACGUACGCGGGCCGCAAGAUUGACGUUGUCAUUCACAUUGGCAUGGCAGGGCCGCGGCUCAUGUACCAGAUCGAGAGUCGAGGACAUCGUACGGGGUACAAGUCUCUCGACGUGGAUGGGAAGCACCUUGACGAGCUUGAUGGGAAACGGGACGAAGAGUGGAUCUGGCAUGAACUACCGGAUGUGCUCAAGACGGACUUGAAUAUACAGGACAUCUGGCAGAGAUGGCAGCAGCACAGCUCGAAUGACAUGGAUCUUCGAAUCUCUGACGAUGCCGGCCGUUAUCUCUGCGACUUCAUCUAUUAUUCAAGCUUGGCAACCUGUUACAAGCAGGACAAGGAGAGGAAGGUCAUCUUCUUCCACGUGCCGGCGGAUAGCUCUGAAGCCGUGAUCAAACAAGGCCAAGAACUAGCCGUCAAUCUCAUCCGGUCCAUUGUGGAGAGCGAAGUUGCCAAGAAGCAAAAGGCGACGGAGGUGGAGUCCUAAUCUUUUUUUCUUUUAUGAGUAGCUAUGCAAGCUUUGGAUCAGCAUUUAGUGGUGUUGGUAUUGGUAAUUGGUAUUAAUGCAAUGGCGCCGAGGACUUGCUGGAACGGAGAAAAGAACGCUCUUAGGCAGGACUUUUUGGUGUUCUGGGAGAAAUGAAGGAGAAGGAAGGGUAAUGUUUAUGAUGGUAGUGAUAUGAUAUCAGAGAAUAACUGAGUCGGAAGGGGGAAUUUCGGGGAAGUUUGGCUGAAGCAACAAGGGGAGAUUAUGACUAACAAUGGUAAUUCGGAGGAAAUUGAGUAAUUGCUGUUAAUCAUGAAUCAAAUUGGCCACCUCACAAAUCCUUCGAGAAGAUUCAUGCAGAAUAAUCAAGAAGCCGGACAUGAUGUAGAGUAAUCAAGAAAUCAGACAUGAAGAGGAAGACGGCG